GAGGCUCAUGUGCAGGACCGCAACAGUACGCAUUUUCUCUUCGAGUGUUAGUUAAACCGUACCGCCCGACAAAAAAGGGGAACAGCUCAGUUGCGGGAUUGCUUGAGCAAGCCCAGAUUGUGAUAAUGUCCGUCUGGAAUGGAGGACCUUCAGGCGACGGCAUCAUCGGGAACAAUGUUGGCGCGACGUCGCUCGACCAGGUGUCGCUGAUAUGGCAGAACUUGACCGUCGUACCGCGGGUGAAACGGACCCAUGACCAGCAGCCGUUGUUGAACGACAUUAGCGGGACGCUGCAGCCUGGGACGCUGGUUGCACUGAUGGGCCCAAGUGGAGCGGGCAAGACGACGCUAAUGUCCGCGUUGGCCUACCGGAUGAGUGACAGAAUGACCGUUACAGGCGACAUUCGGGUGAACGGGUGCCCAAUCGGACCGUACAUGUACAACAUCAGCGGAUACAUCUACCAGGAUGAGCUGCUGCCGGAAUCGGUCACCGUCCGGGAGCACCUGGAGCUGAUGGCACACCUGAAGCUGGGCAAAGGUGUAUCAGCGUGCAGGAAGCAUGCCAUGAUCGCCGACAUCCUGCGCAAGACGGGACUGGAGAAAUGCGCCAACACGAAGAUCGCCGGGGUCGGCGGACUCGGCAAGACACUGUCCGGGGGCGAGAAGAAACGGCUCGCGUUUGCGGUGGAGCUUCUGUCCCGGCCCAAGUUUUUGUUCUGUGACGAACCCACAACGGGUCUGGACUCGUACGGCGCCCGCCAGCUGGUGGAGAUGAUGCACACUCUGACCCGGAGUGGCACGACCGUACUGUGCAGCAUCCACCAGCCGGCCGAGGAGCUGUUCUACGUCUUCGACAGUGUCAUUCUACUAACCGGUGGACAAACCGGGUACAUCGGGUCGCCUGACGAGGCGGUACAGUUCUUCCGCCGGCAGGGACUCGAGUGUGCCGACGGUUACAAUACGGCCGACUUUCUCAUCAAGGUGCUCUCUUCCACCAUUCCACCGGGAAAGGGCAACCCGUUUACCACUGGCGCCAUAUGCCCGAAGACCAUCUGCAACAACUACAGCGCAAGCGAGGCUGCCCGGCGUCAGGAAGCGCUGAUCGGCGCAGAGCUGUACCGUUCGGCCGUAGACGGUGAAUGUGACCGGUUCCAUAGAGGACUCGCGAAAUCCUCCGGCGGUCGGUGCUGGUUUUACACAUUGUUCUGGCUGAUGUACCGCAACGUGCUCCAGUCGCACCGUAAUCCACGGUUGCAGUAUUUCAAAAUCAUUCAACGAAUCGCGAUCGCGCUGCUCGUUGGGUUCUGCUUUUCCGAUGCCAUCGAGCUUACGCAGCGUGGCAUCCAGGCGAUGCAGGGUAUCAUUUUUCUCAUCGUGUCGGAAAACACGUUCCUCCCGAUGUACGCCGCCCUCUCGCUUUUCCCGGAAAGCUUUCCACUAUUUCAACGUGAAAAGAAAGCCAACCUGUACUCGACGACCCAGUUCUACGUGUCACACAUCCUGUCGAUGACCCCCUUCAUCCUGCUGGAAACGUGCGCCUUCAUCCUUAUCGUGUACUUCGUGGCACACUUGCGACCGACGCUACUCGGCCUGGUGGUCACGGUGGGCGCCUCCGUGCUGGUGAUGAACGUGUCGAUUGCGUGUGGGUGCUUCUUCUCCAACCUCUUCCCCUCGGUAGCGUCCGCGAUGUCCUAUCUGGUGCCGUUCGAUUACAUUCUUAUGAUCACAUCCGGGAUCUUCAUCAAAAUUUGGUCAAUGCCAACGUACCUUCGAUGGAUGCCGUUCAUCUCGUGGAUGAUGUUUGCCAGCGAGGCCAUUUCCAUCGCGCAAUGGGACGGCGUGAAGAGCAUCGAGUGUUCCGACAUUUUACCGAGCGUGUGCCUGCACGACGGCGAGCAAGUGCUCGACCAGUACUCCUUCAGCAGCUCCCACCUGAGGACGGACUUUGUGGUGUUAGUCGGGCAGUACUUCAUCUAUCACAUCCUAGCGUUGGUCUGCUUGGCGCGACGAGUCUCCCGAAACUGACAUGUGUUCGAUGACGUGAUUGUCUAUAUAUACAUACAUAUGUUUUAUAUUACCUUCGUAUUCCAUAAUGCUUACUAUCGAAUAAGGAUAAAUGUGCGUUAAUUUUAUGUGCAGUAUUUAAUCGAAAGGUCACUAACAAUGCAUACGACGGGCAGCAGUAGCUUCUCGAUUGAUAGCUUAUCAUCCAACGUGUGUUGGCUUUUGAAUGUUUUGCUAUUUGUCAGUGUAGUUUUAAGAAAACCGUUUGAUUGCUCAACUGUUCACGUUAGGAUGUAAUUGACAGUAAAAUUAAACUGUAUGGCGGGUAGUUUUACGGCUAUAAUGUCUUUGUAGUUACAAGCUUGCGAAAUUGAACCGUCUCAGAAACCACAACUCGUGAUAAGCUCUAAUAUAAUAGUGUGAAUAAAGAAAGGGCUAUUCUACGAAGGAGGCAAAUAAUUGCACAAAUAUCAAGGGAAUGUUUAAUUUAAAUCAACGUUUAAUUUUUUCAGCAACUUAAAAGAAACUUUGAUGAAUUAAGGAACAAAUGAAACUAAUGGGUACCUAAGAUAAUGGUUUUUGCUAACAAAAGUGCUGAUACAAAAGUGAAAGAAUUUCGAGAUUAUUUUGUAUUUAUGUUAUAUUUCACAUUAUUUUGGCUACAAUAAAAGUCG